ACCAUCCUCCUGUCACACACACACCCCUCCUCACACACGUCCCCUCCUGUCACACACAGUGCCCUCUCCACACACCCUGUCCUGUCACACACAACCCUCCCAUCAAACAUACCCUCCCAUCACACACACCCCUCCUACACACCCUCUCUCGUCACCCACACCGCUUACCUUCACACACCCUCUCCUGUCACACACACACCCCUUGCGUUACACACACCCCUCCCCCACACAUCGCCUCCUGACAUACAUACCCCUCCUUGCCCUCUCCACACACCCCUCCCAUCACACACAACCCUCCCAUCACACACACCCCUCCUGUCACACACCCCCUCCCACCACACAAUCCCUCCAUCACACAGACAUACCCUCCCCACACACAUCCCUCCCACACACACCCCAUCCCCUAUCCACUGGAGCUGGUACUGA